AUGUUGGAAACAUUAGUGGCAAAGGUCCUUAACAAUUAUUUAGGUGAAUACUUGGAGAAUCUGAACACCGAUCAGCUGAACAUUGCUUUACUUCAAGGACAAGUUGAAUUAGAAAACGUCCCUUUGAAGAAAUCAGCUCUACGCAAAUUCGACAUCCCUUUACAGGUUAAAUCUGGUUUACUUGGAAAACUCACAUUAUCGGUACCGCUGACACGGUUAAGAAGUGAACCUUGGAUCAUUAAGAUGAGUGAUUUACUUGUGCUUCUGGAACCAUCUUCAUUCAUGCGAUAUGAUGUAGAAAAUGUAGAACUGUAUGAACAGGCUAAAAAAGAGCAACAAUUAGAAGAUCUGGAGAAGUCCCACAGGCAGUUACUGAAUUAUAUGGGUUUACCCAAACUUGAUGGUGGAGGGGGUCAGAAUUGGUGGGGUGCAUCUUUGGUUUCCACCAUUAUUAAUAAUAUUAAGUUAGUUCUGACCAAUGUUCACAUUCGGUACGAAGAUGCAAAUACGUUAAUGGAUGGUGCUUCAUUCACGUGUGGAAUACGCAUUCAUAAUAUCAUUAUGCAAACUACGGAUUCAAAUUGGGCAUUUGGAUACAUGCAACCACAGGAAGGUGUAAGCAUGUUUAAAAAAUUGGACAUACAGAGGUUGUCAGUAUAUUGGAACAGUCGACAACAUGUUACUGAAGAAAUCAAAAACUUCAUGGAAUUGCAGUAUAUGAUGGGGCCGGAAACAAACAAAGAUUAUGUGUGUAUCCUUCAUCCAUUCAGUGCAGAUGUGUUGGUGGAAAGAAAUACCAGCAAAAUUCCACUGAACAAGUAUCCGUACAUCCCUAGAUUCAAAUUCAGUUUGCGACCAGAAAAAGUUAUUAUCGAGCUUUCUAAACGGCAGAUUUGGGAAAUGACUGCACUUGGUAAAGAUUGGGCUCGAUUUGAUAGAUCACGGCAACAUCGAAAGUGGCGACCAUUAACCACUAUUGGUGAAAAUGCGAAGGAAUGGUGGAAUUUUGCUUAUAAUCGUGUGCAGGACAAAGAACGAGAGCGAAAAACUAGGCACACAUGGAGUUUUGCUUACAAUCGCGCCAAACAACUUAAUGCAUAUUGUCGGGCUUAUAGGCGAAGACUAUUAUCUCAUUUGGAAGCAGCCACAAUUUCUGCAACUGGUCAUUCAGAUAAAUUCAAGGAAAAUUUAUCCGUUGAGGACGCUUCUGAUCACGACCAUAAUGAUGAUGAGACUAUAGAUGAAGCCUUCAGCUCAUCGCUGGAUUCAGCGCCUACUACAUCUUCGAAAAAAAUGGCAAACUCUGAGGAUACAGUUUUGAUGAAGCAGAUUGAAAGGGAUUCUGGUUAUACAUAUCAUGAGCUAGAACUUUUUCGAGAAAUCGUGUAUCGUAGAAUUCGUGAUGAAAAAAAAACAAGACAUUCGUUAAAUGAGGGUGGUUUGCAAUCUGAUGAUCAGUGUCUUGACAGCAUUGGUUUUCGUAAGCUUAAUUUUCAAAUUGAAAAACUCAUUGUUCGAACUGUUUUUCAUCACGAUUCAGAAAACGACACUAGAGCAUCAAAUUCGCAGUCUGAAGAGCCUACAAAAAAUUCCAGUGGUGGACUGUAUACUUGGUUAAGUAACUGGAUGUAUGGUCCGCAGAAAAUUUCUCAUGAUAAAUCAAAAGCAAAAAAGCAGGAAGAUGAUGAAGAAAUAUUAAAAUUUUCACUUAAUGAAAAGGAAAACUUAUCGACAGAUCUCACCUUGGUAGAAAAACAAGUGGAAGAUGAAAUUCUUGAUGUAUUAAACGAUAGUCAAGAUGAUUCAGCUGUUUUAUAUCGUGAUACUCUUUUAGCAGAAAUCAAAAUGAAGAUUGGAAAAGGGACAGUACGCUUCAUCGAUGACUCUGAGGUAAUAGCUAUGGAUCUAUGGCAUUUGGCAAGUUCCGUGCGUUUAAGUCCACGUUGUCAUGUUGCUGCUGUUUCUCUUAGUGUUACUGAUAUGAGCUUACAAAGACUGCGCAAUUUUUCAGAAGUUGAUAAAACUGCUGAAAAUACCCAGAAUGAUAAAGUCAACAAAGAUGGAAAUGAGUCGCUUAUGUUUGGAUUUGGAGAAAGCAAAAAUUCCACUCAAAUUUUAUUUGCGAUUGGAAAAGCCGGAAAAAUCAGUGAUUCAAAUUCUUUCAGUGAUUUAGAAAGGAAAGAGUUAGACACAUUAUUUCGAAUGGUGUAUCGUCGUUGUGUUUCGAAAAUGGUAGUAACACAUACAUUAAGUGCAAGAUGCGAUAAGUUAUCGAUACUUUGCAAUGAAGAUGCAUUCGAUGAUUUAACUAUUUUUUGGAAUGAAAAAGACAAUGAAAAAUGGGCGGAGAAUUCGAAUUUUAUGCAAUCGCAAGUAAUCAGUGUUAUUGAUUUUGGUGUGCAUUGCCCUCAGCUAAAUAUUGAAUUGCGUAGUAAACGUGCCGACUUACUGAAACAGAAAAGUAAGUCUGCAACAUCGACUCCAUUCGCACUUCUAGACGUAAAGAAUAUUGCAGUCGGAGUUUCAAAUCGAGAAAAAUUCAACACAAGAAUUGAUGUUGCCUUCAGUUCCUUGGAAAUUAAAGAUUUAUUUGAACCAACAAAUGACUUACUGCUGUGCAUUAAAAAGCAUCUCUCGUCUUUCAAGGAACAGCUGUCUACCUCAUGUCCAAGUUUAAAUGAAGAUAUCUGUUCAUUGGAAUCGCGCUCUUUCUGUCAACGUGCUCGUGGAUAUAGCGUGGGAUCAUCCCCAAUAGCAUUUGGUUUGAAAAAAGAUGAAUUCCUGAAUCGUACUUCUCAAACUGAUCUUUACAAAUGGUAUAGAAGUAUUGAUCAUCAUGCAGACUGUGACGGUGAAUCUCAUUUUUCGUUUUCUUUCGCUAUGAAAGAGCACUCUUUGUUAGAAUCAUGUAAGAAAAUAAGUUGUUCAAUCAAUGUCGGUUUACCAUCCGUUGAAAUAUGUAUGAAUCGACGAAGUUACACAAUGCUGAUAGACUUUUUGGGUUAUUUGGAGCCAAAGGUGAAGCUGUUACAAGAUAACAUAGGAGUUCCGUUGCAUUCUUCUCGAAGUGAAACAAAUAUAGCUUUGCAGUGUCUAGAGCCAUAUAACAUGAGUUUAAAUAUUCAUGUUAGUUUGCUCCAAAUAUGGAUGAAUUAUCCGAAAAAUAAAUCUUCUUUGGGUGUGCUUAAAGGCGAGGACGUGUAUUUAAGUGCACAGGCUAAAAUUUACGAUGAAGAAACACCACUAGUAAUACUGCUGUCACUUCUAAAUUGUUCGCUGUCAGAUAAUACACCUUUCUAUUCUGAACUAUAUAACGAACGUCUUUGUUUGAGAAAUUUGUCGACUGAUAAUGAUUCUACGCCAGGAAAAAGUUGUGGGUGGGAAAAUCAACACCGUUUUCCAUCUCGAGCAACUCUCGAAAUCACAAAGUAUUUAUGCGCAAAAUCAGUUGCUGAAAAAGGACAUGAUAUGAGCUUUGUAUUGAAAGUACCGAAAGAGUUUUCUUUUGCUUAUAUUCAUACAAAUCGUUAUUUAUCUGCUCUACUUGAUUUUUGGCAGCAAUUUUUCGAACUAACCGAUAUUGUAUAUCGAACAAACGCUUGUGAUAUGAACAUUCCGACCUAUAGUGAUGGGCGUAGCAAAAUACAAAUAACUUGUGAGGUCGAGUGUUCUUGUACUUUCAUUCUUCCACUUAAUCAACUAUCUAAUCAAGUACUGAUUGGUGAAACUGCUAGUAUUCGGAUUGAUAAUAAGUUCCAAUCAUCUUCCACGAUCCUUGAUUUUCAAAAUUUCGAAAUUGGAAAUUUUUUCGGUUGCGAAAGAUUGUGCCGCGAUAUGUUUCAACAGUUUCAUUUUUUGAGUUCUCGUAGGAAUGUAUUUUCAAAAUCUUAUGAUUUGGUGGUAAACGCUUACUAUAAUUUGGAUGUUGCCCUCUCUCAUAAUGUUCCUGACUUGUCUAUCACUACAACUCUUCAAAACCUUAAUGUCAAAGUAACUACCGAUUUUUAUCGACUGCUGCGGGGUGUUUUGUCUAUGAAUCUAGGUGAUCAACUUGGUUUGUCACUGGAGACAAUCCCCAUCGAACUUUUAGAGAAACCUACUGAAGUUGAUAAGAUUGUUGGAGCAGGCAACAAAUACACUUCGUUUUCAUUUCGCAUGACGCUUACGAACGUUGAAAUUGACUGUUACAUACCGUCCGAGAAUCUUUUGCAAGGAUUUACGCCUUUUGCUGGUAUAAAAUUGAAUUCUUCACGUAUAUCAUUUGAUGUUUAUAUUGACAAUCAGUCGGAAUUGGAUUUGAUCUGUGAGAGCACAGAACUGAUUGAUACUCGUUUCAUCGGUAAAGAUUUAAGCGAUGAGGUGCCUAUGAUAACAUUGGUUUUAUUAAAUGCACGAGUCCUCUUGUUUUUAGACUGGCUUAUUGAUAUGAAAAAUUUUAUCCUUCUCAAUGCCGACUUCAUACCUCCAGUUGAAGAAGAAUAUCGAUGUGUUACGCAGUCUACGAAGUUAGGAAUUGUGCACCGGAAUCCAUCUAAUAGAGGAUCUAUAGAGAAAACAUUUUCAUUAAAAAUUACAUUGAAAGAGUGUGACUUGAUAUUGCUUGAAGAUCCAAGAUGUGCACAAAGUCUGGCUCUUGUUGCUCAUGCCACUGCUGUUUUGUAUAUGAACGAUAUACAUGGACAGUUAAACGGAGAUUUGGAAGUGCAACGCAUAAAUGUGGAUUGGUUCGUAAUGUCAUCUGAGAAAGAAAGUAGGUGUCAAUUGACGAACGAUUUUUCGAUGACUUUCAGCCUUAGAAUGGAAGGUAAUGUGGACUCAGAUGAACUCCACUCGAGACUCGGGCUUUCGUCAGUUCUUUCUGUUAAACAUCGGCUCACUGCCGAAGUCAAUGAUUUGAUUGCUCGAAUUUCAUACAGAGAUUUCUGUGUUAUACGGAAUGUUCUUUUUUGGUCGUUUAAAAAGUGGAUGAAAUCAGCUGAGAAUAGUAUUAUUCGAGGAUCUCGGGAAAAUGUGGAAAAAAACAUUGAUAUUGUUCACUUGAUUAUAAAAAGCAACCAUAUUUCAUUUUGGAUGUUGGACGAUCAUUUAGGAGCAGCAUUUCCGCUUAUUAGAUGUAAAUUCAAAAAAUUUUGUUUCGAUCGCUAUCUGACGAACACUGAUGGUUCAUUUAUAUUUGCUGCAGACUAUUUUAAUCAGAAUCUUUUUGGUUGGGAACCGUUAAUUGAAGACUGGUAUUUGAAGCAACUCUCUGUGGUUGCGAAGGAUAAUGCUCUCAGUAUCGAUUUGCUUGCUGAGGAGCGCAGCACUCUUAAUUUCAACAUCACUCAAGUUUUCUUGCAUCAAGCUUUGCAUAGUAUGUCUGUCCGUUCAAGAUCAGACCAUCUUCCGUAUAUCUUAUAUAACGAGACCGGUUCUCAUCUACGUUUUACAACUGCCGUUGAUGAAAUUAUGCUGGCUCGAUCUGCGCAAAGGCAAUUUACAGUUAAAUGGUACCAAACGGCUCCUGAUGCGUCAACUACUUUCGAAUUUCCAGUCAAACGGCUUACUAUUGCAGAAGAUUCAGAAGAAAUCAGAAAACUCAUAGUUCGUGUUGACGGCUGGGAUGAAGUAUCUCCUGUUAAUGUAGAUGCAGUUGGCACAUAUUUCCGGCUGGCCAGAUACUCUAAUUCUAGAUCCGUUAGUAGCAGUUGCGGAAUGAAUGUUCGUUUGGUAAUUGCUGUUACAAUGGACAACAAUGGUCGAAAAGUGGUAACAAUACGCUCGGCUCUAACCCUUGUUAAUCAUCUGCACGAUCCUAUUUUGCUGAUUCUUACUUCCGGAAGUUUGAAAAGUCCAGAAACAAAAAUAAUUCGAGUUGAUCCAAAGAAAACAUUGCAAGUGCCUCUCAGGUUUGCUAAUGCUAUGAUGGCUGUGAAACCCGAUGGUUGGAGUGGUGCCAGGGCUCAUGAGGUAAAAUGGCAAGAAGCUAAAGUCGCAGGAGAAAGAGUGAACAAAUUAUUAAAGAUAUGUGUAUCAAUAAAACGAGAACAUUAUCCCGAGUACGAAACACUGUCCGGACAUACAAUUAGUUUUGCAUCUCCCCUCUCAGUUCUGAAUUUGUUACCAGUUGAUGCAGAACUCCAAAUUGCUGGAAGAAGAUAUGCUGUUUCUGCCAGUAAACAAAUACAAAUUACAUCUGUUGACCUUAACAAAAAUAUCAACUUUGAAGUUUUCACCGAUCGUUUUGUUUCAGUUGGGGAAUUCACGAUCUUGAGAUCUCUACUAGUACAAAAGUCAGGCGAUAUUGACCGCAUACAUUUACGUAUGCAAGAUUCGAAAAAGCGAUGUUUGGAUAUGUAUUGUAGUUUAAACAUAGGAUGUGGCGGGACUGUUUUGCUUGCAUUAUGGGUACCUUAUUGGAUCGUCAAUAAAUCCGGUGUGCCACUAAUUAUUAAGCAAGAAGCUACAACAGGCGUAGCUGCUGGACAGAUGGAAGAGCAUGAAAAAGCAAAAGAUCGAAAUCCAUUGAUGUUCUCUUUUGCGAACGAGAAUUGUCCUAAGCAAUGCACCUUGAGGGUGGGCCAGAAUCACGAAAGUGAUAAAGGCUAUAAGCCGUUGUUUGGACCGAAGUUUCCAUUAACAGUUGGACUGCAUUCUAUGAAACUGCGUUUAAUUCAUAAUCAAAAACCAGCUCGAAUUUACAAUAUUGGUGUUGAAGUCAGACAAGGUACUGGAAGGUAUAAAGACACUCAAGUCGUCAUGCUUACUCCGCGUUAUGUACUCGACAAUCAAACUUCAUUUGGACUUUCGCUUAGUAAUAUUAGUGGCAUUGAUGAACCAGAUCAGCAUGUUAAAAUACCCAGUAAAUCCAGUCUUAUUUGGAAUGAGAAUUUUGAAGAUACUCGGAUGGUAUGCGUUAAACGUGAUGAUGUCAAAUAUUGGAGUUGUCCAAUUCGAAUCGACCUCAUCAGUUCUUUUCACGUCACAAUGAGGGAUGUCGAUGAAACACCACAAUUUUUAAGAGUAGAAGUCUUACUUAGUAGUGCUAUAUUCUAUGUAACUUUCACGGAUGUUCAUCUAUAUCCACCUCCAAUUCAACUGCAAAAUCUCUCGGACGUUCCAAGCUCGCACUUACGUACGAUAUGUAAAGCACGAAGCACCGUAGAUUAUGCUUGGGAUGAUCACUAUGCUCCGAAAUUAUUGAUUCUUCAAGUAUUCGAAAAUAAAUCCAAUUGCUAUGAUCCACAAAAACCGGGGAUGGGACCACCUUUGGUGUACACUAACGAUAUAUUCAUAAAAUAUGCUCAUUCUUUCGAAAGAAAAGUAAAUGAUGGAUAUACAGACGAAAUUGAGUUGACAUUAGAAGUGAUGAGUAGAGGAAAGGUUAUACUCAAUAAACUUAAUCCUAGCGGAACUAGCAGUAAUCAGUUGUGGCGUUUUGCUCAAGAUGGUUGUCUGGAAAAUAUUGGAAUGAAUAAUCGUGCAAAACCUGGACAGCGUUAUGUUCUUGAUGUUUUGGAAAAUGAUGGGUUUGUUCUGAUGAUGCUGAAGCGAAAUUCUGGUAGAAAUUUAUUUCAGAAAUGGCGCUUGACCCAGGGUAAUCAGUUGCGUUGUUUAGUAGAAGGAAUGUUUGUUGAGGCACGCAAGGCAGAUGUAGUGCUUGCUGCUCCAAACAAAAAAUCAACGCUGAAUGCAGCAGGAAUUCCUAUUGAGCAAGUAUGGGAGUUGCAGUCACAGCGUCCUGGAAGCGGUGUUUUAGAUGUAGAAUGUUUGCAUAAAGGACCUACUUUGGUGGUUCGUAUAACUGAUCGGGCAAGGCUUCAUAAUUCAGUAAAAGAACAUUGUGAUCAGACAUAUUAUUUGAAGUCUCUUUCUGUACAUUCAAAUGCAAAUAUGAAUAGUGGAUGUAAUUUUGAUCUGAACAUUUCAAUGCGGAAUGGUAUUGGGUUAUCUUUCAUCAAUGGCCUACACGAAGAAUUGAUAUAUGCUAGGUUCCAAGGAAUAGUAUUGCAUAUAAAUCGACAGAGCUCCACAUAUCAAGUUACUGGUAGCGUUGAAGCUGAUAAUCAGUUGCUAUCAACCGACCGAUGGCAAGUUUUAUUCUGUCAGCAAGAUGCAGUUAAUUAUGAAUCAGGUUUUGUUGAAUCACCAGUUCUUAUUCCUGCUCUUAAAUUGGAAAUGAACUGCACACCGUUAAAACAUUACGAUGCUUUUGACUGCUUCCGUUUGAAAUUAUGUGAUUUAUCAGUACAACUUGAUGAGACAUUAUUGUGGAAAAUUGUGCAGUUUGUUCAAAAAAGCGAAGCAGCAGAAAGUAUGAAACCUGAUGUAUUAUCUCAACCACCAAAUACAGAACUUGACAAACUAGACCGAGUGCAAGCACGUCGUUGUUACUUUGGGACAUUAGAAUUAGAAAUUGGUGCUGUAGCGCUUUCAGUAUUAACCGUUUCGGGAUCUGGCUUGUCCCCUGAAUUGAGGAAACUCAAACAACAUUUCAAUAUAAAACUGGUUAGUUUUGAAAAUGCAACGAUCUCACUGACACCAUUUCGACAGUAUCGAUAUUUCGAAACAUUCUCUUUUUUGAUUGAAACACUCAGCAAAUUCUAUCUUGAAGAACUGAAAAAUCAGACAUUCAACAUUAUUGUGACAAUGGAUGCUUUUGGCAAUCCAUUGGGUCUUGCUUCCAAUUUGAAGGAAAGCUUCGAAGAAUUAUUGUUUGAAGGGAAUUUAGGUGGCUUUGUCAGUGGUUUAGGAUAUGGUGUCACCAACAGUAUUUCAAAGGUGGCCUCAUCAAUGGCUACUGGUGUCGGAGCGUUAACAUUUGAUGAACGGCAUGAUCUCAUGAGACGACGGAUGUUACGUUGUCAACCGCAAGUGGAUAGUAAUACUGCACUUGCUCAUUUAUAUUGUGGUGUAAAAGGCUUAGGAGUGGGGGUUUUGGGUGGUUUAACUGCAAUGAUGACGAAUGUAUAUAAUGAAAGUCGCAAAGAUGGUUUUACGGGUGCUGUGCGUGGAAUUACAACGGGAGCUGUAGAUACGGUAACGAAACCUAUGCAGGGAAUUUUUGAUUUGGUUGAAGGAACAGCUUCAGCUGUUAAAGAGAUGGUUGGUGGUCCUUCAACUAAGAAAUCACAUUUUCCUCCCCAUCGUGUCCGAUUACCACGAGUGACCAUGAGUUUGCAAUCGCUUUUGCCAUGUUAUUCUGAAGAACUUGCUUAUGCGCAGUUAGAGCUUCUAAGAAUUAAUGGGUUUGCUACGAACGAAAUGUUACUAGAUGUGGAAAUGUUGUUGAAUCAAGGAGUAGCUAAGGACAGAGUAAGGCAGUAUGCAUUGAUUUGUUCAGAGCAGUGUUAUAUUGUCCGACAAAUCAGUUUUGAGCCUAGUAGUGUAGUACAACGAAUACCUUAUAAACAAUUAAAAUUGAUUCAGGCAGUGCCAGUUUCUGAAGAAAAUGGCUUCGUUGGAACUAUAGAAGUAAUCAUUGAGAUUUCUUCUGGGCGGAAGCAGCGUUUACCUCAUAUUUGGUGUAGCCGUUUCGAUGUAGCCAAAAAGCUUUGUGAAAAAGUCAGUCAAGCAAAGCAGUUGUAUGAUCAUGGAAAAAGAACUUUAAACGUUGUGGAUGAAUUCGAUGUCGUUUGA